AUGGCAUCAAUGGGAGCUCCCCCAGGAAUGGGACAAGUGAUGGUACUAAAUACCAAAACACAGCGACAGACAGGACGUGAAGCUCAACUUGGAAAUAUCCGAGCGGCUGUUGCUGUUGCCAAUAUUAUUAGAACGACGUUGGGUCCUCAGAGUAUGUUGAAAAUGUUGUUGGAUCCCAUGGGAGGAAUUGUCAUGACCAAUGAUGGAAAUUGCAUUUUGAGAGAGGUUGAUGUGAGUCACCCCACCGCCAAGUCCAUGAUUGAACUCAGUCGGGCGCAAGAGGAAGAAGUUGGGGAUGGAACUACCUCUGUCAUUGUGCUGAGUGCUCAAGUUUUGGCCCAAGCAGAACAAUUCUUGUUGAAUAAGUACCAUCCUACUGUCAUUGUGCAAGCCUACACCAAGGCUUUGGCAGCUGGGCUCAAAAUCUGUGAAGAUUUGGCAAUCGAAGUCGAUGUAAAGAGUGACAAUGCAAUGAUUUCCAAAUUGGUAUUGAGUAGUAUCGGAACCAACUUUUCCUCACGGUGGAACGACAUGUUGGUGGACAUGGCCAUUCAAGCCGUACAUACCGUCACACAAACGACUCCCGGAGGUUCACCAUCAGUUGACAUUAAGCGAUAUGCCAAGGUGGAAAAGAUUCCAGGAGGAGAACUGGAAGAUGCUCGUGUCAUUAAGGGUGUCAUGUUCCAAAAGGAUGUCACCCAUUCCAAGAUGCGUCGUCGUAUUGAAAAUCCGCGGAUCCUCUUGUUGGAUUCCCCCUUGGAAUACAAAAAGGGAGAAUCACAAACUACUAUGGAAAUCACCGAAGAACAAGAUUGGAACACCAUGCUCAAAUUGGAAGAGGAAUAUGUCGAAAACAUGUGCAUUCAAAUUAUUGAACACAAGCCAGACAUUGUCAUUACCGAAAAGGGAGUCAGUGAUUUGGCACAACACUUUUUGCAAAAGGCUAACAUCACUGCUUUCAGACGGUUGCGAAAGACCGACAAUAAUCGUGUGGCCAAGGCCGUUGGCGCCACCAUUUGUUCCCGAACCGAUGAGAUUCAAGAUUCCGAUAUCGGUACCGAGUGCGGUCUGUUCGAAAUGCGGAAGUUGGGCGAUGAUUGGUUCUGCUUUUUGGAAGAGUGUAAAGAACCAAAGGCUUGUACAAUUAUGCUUCGUGGUGGUAGUAAGGAUGUCCUAAACGAAGUCGAACGUAGUUUGCAGGACGCCAUGCAAGUGGUACGAAAUGUAGUCUACAAUCCUAGGUUAUUACCAGGAGGUGGAGCUACGGAAAUGGCACUCGCAGUUGCUCUUCGCAAGCAAGGUCAACUCGUGGAAGGGAUUCAACAGGGACCAUUCAUGGCCGUCGGAGAUGCCAUGGAAGUCAUCCCACGAACAUUGGCACAAAACUGCGGUGUCAGUGUGAUUCGAACCCUCACGGCUUUGAGAGCAAAGCACGCUGCCGACCCCAAGUGUCACAUUGGAAUCAAUGGAAUUACGGGAGAGUUGGUGGAUAUGAAUGAGUUGGGAAUUUGGGAACCUUUCGCUGUGAAAGUGCAAACGAUCAAGACUGCAAUCGAAAACGCCUGCAUGAUUCUUCGCAUUGAUGAUAUUGUGUCUGGAUCCAAGUCAGCAAAAUAA